AUGGGGCGGGACAAGGAUCGCAAGAAGGAGAAGAAGCACAAGCACAAGGAGAAGGACAAGCACAAGAAGCGGCGCCGCGAGCCGUCCAGCAGCCCAGACUCGGGCAGCGACUCGGAUGAUCACCGCAAGCGCCAGAAGGCCGAGAAAAUGGCCAAGAAAGUCGCUGAGUACUGGGACAAGCAGACGCAGAAGGGCACAGCGCCGCAAAAGUUUGUGUGGGUGAAGAAGGUCGAGAAGGACCUGCAAUCUGGAAAGAGCGUCCGCGAGUUCACGGUCCAAGCAGAGGCCGGCAAGCAGCGCGAACGCAUGUCUGAGAUCGAGAAGGUGCAGAAGCGGCGUGAGGAGAAGGAGGCGGAGAAGGCCCGCAUGGAGGAGGAGCUGGCGCUGCUGGAGCGCCAGCGGCUGGCGGCGGAGGCUGCGGGGCAGGAGGAGCAGGAGGAGCAGUUCCACCUCGAACAGGCCAUGGUGCGCUCCGACCGGCGGCUCGCCCAGGGGCGCGCCAAGCCCAUCGACUGGGUGGCCAAGGCGCUGUACGGCCUCAAGGGCCGCGCAGAGAACGAGGACGAUGACGACGACGACGAGGAUGCGGAGGCGCUGGCCGCGGAGCCGUACCGCAUCUUUGAGGGCGUGCUGAUUGAGGACCUGCAGGAGCUGGCCGAUGAUAUCCGCGGCUUCAAGACGCAUGCGCAGCUGCGGCGGAUGGAGGCCAACAUCAACGGCAGCCUGGCGGCAGGGGAGGGGGACCCGGACUACUGGGAGGCGGUGCUGGAGCGCCUGCAGAUCCAUGCCGCGCGCGCGCGGCUGCGCGAGAUCCACGCCGACCAGCUGAGCCGCCGCAUCGCCAAGGAGACGGCGAAGAUCGACGUCGCCGAGGUCAUGGGCUGGGCGGAAGACGCAGAGGCGGAGGAGGACGAGGCCGCGGUGGCCGCGCGGCGCGCGGCCGGCGAGGCGGCGCGGCGGGCGGGCGAGGAGGGGCGGGAGAAGACGGAGGUGGAUGUGGAGGGGGAAGAAGGACAGGCGGCGGCGGCGGCGGGUGCGGCAGCGGGUCGGGUGGUUGCGAACGAAGAGGAGAUUCCGCUCUCAGACGAGGAGGAGGACGAGGAGGGGGGCCAAGCGGCCGCGGCAGCGGGGGCGGGCCCGAGCGGGCGCCCAGCAGGAGGCGAGGAGGAGGGCGACGAGGAGGCGGCCGCCGCGGUCGCCGGCCUCCCGCCGGUGGGUCCUGGCGCCAAGCAGCGGACGGAAGAGCAGCAGCAGCAGCAGCAGCAGCCACAGUUCCACGGCAUUGGCGCCGUCGGCGGACUCCGCGACAUGCGCACGCCGGCGGCGCUGGAGGAGAGCGACGGGCGGCACUCGCCGGAGCCGGUGGACCCGCGGGAGCUGGAGGCGGGCGCGGUGGUGGUGGCGGAGGAGGACGACGCGCGGACACUGGCGCUGCUGCGGCAGGAGAUCAAGCUGAAGGAGGCGGCGCGCUACCUGGCCGCGUCGGAGACCGCCGCCCGCCAGCUGGCGAGCGCGGCGGCCGACCGCGCGUACCAGCGGCAGUUUGCCAGCCGCAGCCUCGCGCCCGUGCACCCCAUGCUGCGCAACGUGGCGGCGCCAGAGGCGCUCGCAGACAGCAGCGCGGCCCCGGUCGCCCCGCCAACGCGCAUCGGGCUGGGCCCGGUGCAGCGCCAGGAAGAGGACCCGGAAGUGCGGCGGCUGCGGCUGCAGGCUGAGAAGGUGAUGGCGGGCGCGGCCGGCGAUGAUGAGGAGGCGGGGGGCGCGCCGGGCAUGGACAUGCCGUUUGGCGGCGAGGUGGGGCUGGGGGUCGCCAGCCAGGCGUACUGGUGGCACAACAAGUACGCGCCCCGCAAGCCCAAGUACUUCAACAGGAUCCACACCGGCUACGAGUGGAACAAGUACAACCAGACGCACUACGACUACGACAACCCGCCGCCCAAGGUGGUGCAGGGCUACAAGUUCAACAUUUUCUACCCAGAUCUCAUAGACAAGAAGACGGCGCCGUCGUACCGCGUGGACCCCGACCCGAGCGGCGGCAAGGACACGUGCAUCCUGGUGUUCACGGCCGGCGCGCCCUACGAGGACAUCGCCUUCCGCAUAGUCAACAAGGAGUGGGAGACGACACACCGCCGCGGCUUCAAGUGCACGUACGACCGCGGCAUCCUGCACCUGUACUUCAACUUCAAGCGCGCCCGGUACCGCCGCUGA